UUUCUACACCACAAUAUAACCAAAUUUUCUGCUGCAUAAGUAGCGUUCUUAUCAUUUUUCCUGUAUACAAAUUUUGAAAUGGCUCGACCUCAUGUGCUUCUAGUAACUUUUCCUAUACAAGGCCAUAUUAAUCCAUCCCUUACAUUUGCCAAGACCCUUAACAGGAAUGGCAUUGAAGUCACCUUUGUAACAAGUUUAUAUGCCCAGCGGCACAUAGUGAAAGGCGCAGGUGACUUCACCAACGGUAUUACUUUUGUAGCGUUUUCUGAUGGAUGCGAUGACGGUUUUAAACUCAGUGAUGAUCAACAGAAAUACACGAUCGAGAUUAGAAACCGUGGUUCCGAAGCAUUAAGGAACACAAUUGUUGCCUGUGCCGAGCAAGGACACCCGGUUACGUGCCUAGUUUACAGUCUCCUUCUCGCGUGGGCUGCAGUGGUGGCUCGUGAAGUCCACAUCCCAAGUGCUGUUCUAUGGAUUCAACCAGCCACCGUGUUGAAUAUAUAUUACCAUUAUUUCAAUGGCUAUCGGGAAGAAAUCAGCAAUCCCUCUGACGAUCCAUCGUGGGUAAUCCAGUUGCCUAGACUUCCAUUGCUAGCUAAACGUGAUCUUCCAUCCUUUAUGCUUCCUUCAGGUGGGGACGGUCAGUAUAGCUUUGCUCUUCCGUUGUUUAAAGAGCAGAUAGAGACAUUGGAUGCAGAAACAAAGCCAAAAGUUCUCGUGAAUACAUUCGAUGCACUAGAGCCUGAUUCACUUAAGGCGAUAGAAGACUACGAGUUGAUCGGGAUUGGACCCUUAAUUCCUUCAGCUUUCUUUGAUGGAAAAGAUCCAUUGGAUAAGGGUGUUGGUGGAGAUCUUUUUCACAAAUCUGACGAUUAUCUUCAAUGGUUGAAUUCGAAGCCAGAAUCUUCCGUGGUUUAUGUGUCAUUUGGUAGUCUUUUGAGGCUCCAAAAAGUUCAAUUGGAGGAGAUUGCUAAAGGAUUGCUCGAGUGUGGACAACCAUUUUUGUGGGUUAUACGAGUAAAUGAGAACCAAGAAGAAGAAAAAGAUGAUGACAAACUAAGUUGUUUGGAUGAGUUGGAAAAAAUAGGAAAAAUAGUACCAUGGUGUUCACAACUUGAGGUCCUAACACACCCUUCAUUGGGUUGUUUUGUGACUCAUUGUGGCUGGAAUUCAACGUUAGAGAGUUUAGCAUGCGGUGUUCCUGUGGUGGCAUUUCCACAGUGGACUGAUCAAACGACCAAUGCAAAGCUUAUACAAGAUGUUUGGAGGACAGGCCUAAGGGUGAACCCAAGAGAAGAUGGCACCGUUGAGAGCGACGAGAUCAAGAGGUGCAUUGGAACAAUAAUGGAUGGCAGAGAAAAAAGUCGAGAAUUGAGAGAAAAUGCUAAGAAAUGGAAGAAUCCUGCAAGAAAAGCUAUGCAAGAGGAUGGUUCUUCUACUACGAACUUGAAGGCUUUUAUUGAGGAACUUGGAGAUUGUUAAGUCAAGAAUUUACUGCCUAAAGUUUAAUUUGAGGAAAUUGCAAAAAAUGUCCACUUUUACAUGGUUAUUUGUAAACAUAUCCAAAAUUUGUUCAAUGUCCAUUUUACUAAAAUUUGGACAAAAUUGUCCUCAUUAGCAA